AAUUUGAUUUGCUUGCCCCGGGCGAAACGGUAGGGGUUGACCGGAAAUCAAGCACCUCGGUCGUAUAAAAGCUGACGUCGAAGUCUUUCCGCUCUCUUUCUGUUACCUGGCGAGGGGCAGCAGCUUUGGCCGCGACAACCCAGAAACACCGAAACUAAAACAAUGGGCAAGGAAAAAACGCACAUUAACAUCGUGGUCAUUGGCCAUGUCGACUCCGGCAAGUCCACCUCCACCGGCCACUUGAUCUACAAGUGCGGUGGUAUCGACAAGAGAACCAUCGAGAAGUUCGAGAAAGAGGCCGCUGAGAUGGGCAAGGGCUCUUUCAAGUACGCCUGGGUGCUGGACAAGCUGAAGGCAGAGCGUGAGCGUGGUAUUACCAUUGACAUUGCUCUGUGGAAGUUUGAGACCAGCAGGUACUACGUGACCAUCAUUGAUGCCCCUGGACACAGGGACUUCAUCAAGAACAUGAUCACUGGCACAUCUCAGGCUGAUUGCGCCGUGCUGAUCGUUGCUGCUGGCGUGGGUGAGUUUGAGGCUGGUAUCUCUAAGAACGGCCAGACCCGUGAGCACGCCCUGCUGGCCUUCACCCUGGGUGUGAAGCAGCUCAUCGUUGGAGUCAACAAGAUGGACUCCACCGAGCCCCCUUACAGCCAGAAGCGUUUUGAGGAAAUCUCGAAGGAAGUCAGCACCUAUAUCAAGAAGAUCGGAUACAACCCCCUCACCGUCCCCUUCGUCCCCAUCUCUGGAUGGCACGGAGACAACAUGUUGGAGACCAGCGAGAAGAUGAGCUGGUUCAAGGGCUGGAAGGUUGAGCGCAAGGAGGGGAAUGCCAAUGGCACCACCCUGCUGGAGGCUCUGGAUGCCAUCCUCCCCCCAUCACGCCCCACCGACAAGGCCCUCCGUCUGCCCCUGCAGGAUGUCUACAAAAUUGGAGGUAUCGGAACAGUGCCCGUGGGCCGUGUGGAGACUGGUAUUCUGAAGCCCGGCAUGGUCGUCACCUUUGCUCCCACCAACCUGACAACUGAGGUCAAAUCUGUGGAGAUGCACCACGAGUCUCUGCCCGAGGCUGUCCCUGGCGACAACGUCGGCUUCAACGUCAAGAACGUGUCUGUCAAGGAGAUCCGUCGUGGUUUCGUUGCCGGAGACAGCAAGAACGACCCACCCAAGGGUGCUGAUAACUUCAAUGCUCAGGUCAUCAUCCUGAACCACCCUGGCCAGAUCAGUGAGGGCUAUGCCCCCGUGCUGGACUGCCACACAGCUCACAUUGCCUGCAAGUUCAAGGAGCUCAUCGAGAAGAUCGACAGGCGUUCCGGAAAGAAGCUUGAGGACAACCCCAAGUUUGUCAAGUCUGGAGAUGCUGCUAUUGUCAAGAUGAUCCCCCAGAAGCCCAUGGUGGUGGAGCCCUUCUCUUCUUACCCUCCCCUUGGUCGCUUUGCCGUGCGUGACAUGAGGCAGACGGUGGCCGUCGGUGUCAUCAAGGCCGUGGAGACCAAGGAAGUGAGUGGAAAGACAACCAAGGCCGCAGAGAAGGCCCAGAAGAAGAAAUGAAUGGUCGUGCAGAACAUCCAGCAGGGGGGCGUUUGCCGGCAGCAGCGGGCCUCCCCGCUCUCUUCACCCCACCCCGGAUCAUCUCUGAGGCACAGCUCUCUGCUCAAGGACUGGCUUAUGCUGAUUAAAACUCAUCGCAAAAGUUUUCGCAGGAAAAAAAGGAACUUUGCGGCUUUGUUGGUCACCCGAAUCACAUGAAGGUGCCUCUUUAAGUUCAAGUUUUGAAAAGGUUUAGACAUUGGAUGUUCAAAUGCCACCAAUUGAUUGGAAACUAAAGCUGCUGGUAACUAAUAAAAUGUCUUUGAAAAAAUGGAAA